AUGGAGUGCUACUACAUUGUCAUCAGCUCCUCGCACCUGAGCAACGGACACUUCCGUAACGUGAAAGGAGUUUUCAGAGGACCCCUGAAUGCCAGCAGCACAACUCUGGACUUGUCUGAAAAGGAAAAUUCAAGAGGAAAUGCUUUGGAAUCCCUGAAAGCAAAUUUUUACUGCGAGCUGUGUAACAAGCAAUAUCACAAACAUCAGGAAUUUGAUAACCAUAUAAAUUCCUAUGAUCACGCACACAAACAGCGGCUCAAAGAGCUGAAACAGAGGGAAUUCUCCAGGAAUGUGGCAUCAAAAUUAAGAAGGAAUGAAAGAAAACAAAAAAAGUAUCUUCAAAGGGUCCACAAACUGGCUGAAGAUAAGAGAGAACCAACUUGUGCUCCAGGAAGUGGGCCAAUGUUCAAAUCAACAACAGUGACCGUUCACGAUCAUAUUCAUGGAAGUCUUCAAAGUACUAUUGUCCACACUGCGGAAAGAGAAACACCACAGCUUGCAUCUAUCGCAAAUCAUCAUAACAGCACAAAUAGAGCAUCCAUACUUUUACCAAGUCCAGAGAGUUCACAAAAUGAUAACAAGAUUCAAAAAGAUGGCGAACAUAAAAUAAGCUUCUCUUUCUCUUUUCCAAAAAAGACCCCAGUUAAGCUUGAAGCUUCAGCUGCAGUUUUCUAUGAAAUCAAUGAAGACAUUUCAAGUGGUCAUGGGUUCAAGAAAAGAAGGAGAUUUUUACCAGGGUCAUUCAGUGUUCAAUCAUCUGUGCCAAUAGAUACAGUGUCAUGCCUAAAUGAUGAGGAAGGAAAAUCUAUCUCAAGUUCUGAAAAACCUUUGCCUAGGAGGGGAGACACUGCCCAAGAUGCAGAUCAGAAACAACUACCUGAAGAAGAGUUGACUAGUUUUUUAACCUCAGAUAUUUGUAAGUUAGAAGUGCCUUUAGAAUUUGAGGUCCAAGCACAUGUGAACUCAGAUACCCUUAUUCACUCAAAACACAAUUUAGGUGACCACAAAACUGAUUACAAUAAACUGGCCAUAGGAUGCCUACAAUUGAAGAUGCCUUGCCCAGAAACAACAGAUAGUGACAUUCAUGAUGACCAACCUGUAUUACAAAAUAGAGAAUCAAGAACUAGCAAUAAAACUGAUGACAGUGCCACAGACAUGUCAAAUUUAUCAGUCAACAAACACAGAAAAAUAAUUAAAAAAAUUGAGGAGCCAAGUAAGAGGUUAAAUAACGCUUUUCAUCCAGUCCAAAACAGAGAUGGAUCAAAAGUUCUUCAAUGGCCUUCUGAAAUGAUAAGGUAUACCCGCACACAACCAUCACUUUCCUACAGUUGCAACCCACUACAUUUUGACUUUCGGUCAUCAAAAGCAAUAAAUCAAAAACAUCAACCUUUUUGCCAAGACAGCGCUUUCUCGGAAAAUGAUCGAAAUACAAUGCUCAAACUAAAUUGUGAAACAGUUGUCUCAGAAGACAAUAAUAAUACAAUAAACACAUGUCACGAUAUGUCAAAGUCUUCGGGUAAACUGAAAUGUUAUAGCUUAAUUUGCAGCAUUAAAGAAGAUCAAAAGCACAAUAUCUCAAAGUAUCUUCUGAAUGAUGAUUUUGACUUUAGAAAGAGAAAGAGCAGUAGAAAAUUUCUUCAAACAAGUCGAAAAGAAAGAAAACGAAAAUGUAAGGUCCAUGAACCUAGAAUAAGAUAUAGACAAAAAUGUCACCUAAAUGAAGAUAUCCAGAGUGGAUUUAAAAAUUUAAACCAACAACAUGUCGGAUCAACAGACUCAAUUUGCUCAUUAAAAAAUAUAACAUUUUCUCAUCCAAUGCCACGUGCUGAGAGUGAUCACACAGAAAGAGAAUUGUUAAAAAGACCAACACUAAAGAUCAAACAUGAGUGUGAAGUUUGGAACAUAGAUCAGAAAAGAGGUUUUGCCAAUCAAACAGAAAAUGAAGUUGGCAAGAACACAGGCUCUUUCAACUACCAAUCACAAAUCUUGCAACUGGAUCACUGCUCUCAAAAUCUAGCUUAUUCUAACACAUUUUGUAGCUGGAGCUCUAACAAAAUAAGCUCUAAUCAUGGAAAUCAUGAAACCUUUGUAAACCAUAGUUAUACGUUCAAAAGAACCCGAAGAACUGCCAAAGAUGAAAUAGAAUUGUCUUUUAAAAGACCCAGACUCUGCAGACCCAUCUCAGCUUCCCAGCCUGCCUUCUUCCCAGAGAAAAACCUUUCUAUUUUGUGUAAACCUAUAUAUUUCAAAAGUGCAGAACGUCUUAACAAGAGGACUAAUAACACAAGCAGCAACAAAAACUGUAAACUAAUCAAAAAUAACAUGGCUUUCCAAAAAGCCAAGACAUUUGUUCGUCAAAACUGCUACAAAAUGGCAAAAGAAUCCCUCAGAGCAAAGGAGUUUCUUAAGAAAAUAGUUAAAAUAAAAAAAGUGGUAGAAAACAAGCUGGAUCAGUUAUGUAAGAAUUUGCUUGCUUUCAAACACAAUAAUAAACCUCUCCUUUCCUCGUCCAUUAAAGACCUUGGUAUGGAAGCUGAAAAAGAUAUAUUACCGUCAGUAAAAAAACACAAUAAACAAAAUGGAGAUCCACUUUUGUUCAGCAGUGACCUACCACAGUGUCACGGUGGACAGUCAGCUCCUUGGGCCAUAAAAGCUUGUAAUGGCGUAAGGAACAACGAUGGACAAGAUAAACUAAAGAAUAGAAAAAGUCAAGGAAUGCCCAUGGAUGAAACAUGUGUGACUGCUAAAAAAAAUAUGACAGAACAACUAUUGUCACAUGUCACUAUCCCUUACCAACAAACUCAUCUUCAAGGAACAUACUCUAAGAAACUUAAGUAUCAUCAGUGUGCCAGGCAUGGCCCAACAUUGCAGCCUCAACCAUUUCCCACCAGGUUUAAAUUAAUAUUUCCAGCAGGAGCGAUUCAAACUUGUACCACAGUAUAUCCAGUUCUAUUAGAGACACCAUUAUGUCCCUCUUCUUUAGCUGCCUUACCUCAGCACCUAACCGCUCCCUUUCCAGCUGCCUCUGUUGACUGUGUCAAACUUGUAGCUCCUCUGCAGCAAUUUCUGUGUCCACAAAGUGAAGGUAUUUCCAGGACUCCAUUCUACCAUAUGACAAUGGAGCCCAACUUGUGUACUAGGGAUGCCUUUGGUUCUUCACCACAAGUCCCCAUUAUUACAAAUACUGUACUUUGUCACAUCCCUGUGCCUCUUCCACAGCCUCCACAUGCAGCAGUUUUUACACCGAUCCACUCCCACUUGCCAAAUCUCAUUCCUCUACAUUCUCUUUUCUGAAAAAUGUUAUGUCUUUAGGUAAAGCAUAAGCAUCAUGGG